CAACGUCAAGCCCGCGAUACCCCAUCCCGUCACGAAAUCAUCUCACAAUGGCCUCCCGCUUGGCGCGCAGCGCUGUCGGCGCUCCCCUUCUCCGACCUACCCUCGCCCGCCGCGCCGUCCCCGCCAUCUCCGCGGCCGUCCGCAACGCGAGCAAUGUCCCCGCCGAGGAGCCCAAGAAGAAGGCCCAGAGCAUCGUCGACGCCCUCCCCGGCAGCAGCCUCCUGUCCAAGACGGCCAUCCUCAGCAGCGCCGCCGGUCUCUCCGUCUACGCCAUCAGCAACGAGUACUACGUCAUGAACGAGGAGACGGUCGUCGCCUUCUGCCUGCUCGCCGUCUGGGGCGGCAUCAUCAAGUACGGCGGCCCGGCCUACAAGGAGUGGGCCGAGAGCCAGAACGAGAAGAUCAAGAACAUCCUCAACAGCGCCCGCGCCGACCACACCGAGGCCGUCAAGACCCGCAUCGAGGACGUCAAGCAGAUGGGCGGCGUCAUUGACAUCACCAAGACCCUCUUCGAGGUCUCCAAGGAGACCGCCAAGCUUGAGGCCCAGGCCUUCGAGCUCGAGCAGCAGACCGCCCUGGCGGCCGAGGCCAAGACCGUCCUCGACUCCUGGGUGCGCUACGAGGGCCAGGUCAAGCAGCGCCAGCAGCAGGAGCUGGCCUCCUCCAUCAUCGCCAAGGUCCAGAAGGAGCUCGAGAACCCCAAGGUCCUGCAGCAGAUUCUGCAGCAGAGCGUGGCCGACGUUGAGAAGAUUGUCUCGUCCAAGGCCCAAUAGAUGGACAACGGUAGAGUCUAGAUUAAAGGUCGCCACAUCUUUCCUUUGUCAAUCAACCCCGUGUGCAUAUACAACACCUGUGCAUUAGCCGAUCAAUCGAGACAACUAGUCUAUCUAUUCAACUAUGUAAACCUAUCUACGGUGACUGGUCCGUACCUGACGCGCCGAUUGCUCAUAUGCUCCUCCUGGUAGUGAACUGGAAUGUGUCAAGUAUUGAGAUCGAAUCGAAUGGACCCAGACAACUCCGUAAACAGACGCCACGGACACGAUUGGAAGCGACUGACGGUGGGAAUGCGAAGUAUUAAAAUCAUGGCAGAGCAACUGCACCAACGCUGGUAAAAGGACCCUUCAUUAGGUACGACAUAGUAAAAGCACACGGGGGCCAGCGGUCCAGACCAUUCCCAGCAAGUCUAAUAGUACGGCCGCGGUUCAUCCCACUUCUUUGUUUCCGCCAUCUCCUUGACGACCGGCCCCGGCAACGGCUCCGGAGACUCCGACCUCACCUCGGGAGCCCACGAGACCCGGCCGCUGCGCCGCCUCCGGGCGCCCUCCCCCUUGGUCGGGCCGAUCCACUCCCAAGCCCGGCCGACUUCCCCGCUCCGGCCUUCCCUCUGGCUAGUGCGAACGUUGCUGUUCUGCUCCACCACGGCCUUGACCUUUCGCCAAAUC